AUGGUGUCGGCAACUCCCUGCAAAGAAACAAACGAAUCCCUCCCCUGGUCCGAACUCGUGACUCUCGAUCUGUCCGAUUUUAAUAAUUCUGGUGGCCGAGAGCGCCUCGCUGCCCAGCUCUCCCACGCCGUUCAUCAUGUCGGAUUUUUCUACGUGAAGAACUUUGGUCUCUCGCAGGAGCAGAUCGAUCGUCAAUUCACGCUUGCCAGGGGAUUCUUCAACCUACCCCUCGAGGAGAAGCAGAAAUUCAGCGUUGACUAUGAAAAGGCAGAUUACAAUGGCUAUCAGUGGACGGGAUAUCGUGCCAACGAAGGCAACUUCGAGAAGAAAGUCGGGGAUAAUAUUGAGAUGUACAAUAUUCCGAAGUUCAUCCCGGCACUGGAAGGGAGAUAUUCUCAUCCACCGUUGAUCGAGACUCAUUUGGAUGAGAUUGAGGUCUUUUCGAAACACUUGCAUAAUCACAUCGUGGUCCCAUUGAUGGUCCUUUUUGCCAUCAUUCUCGAGUUACUGGAUAAGAACCUCCUCGCGGAUGAGCAUGCCUACGAUAACCUGUCUCCCGACCAUCUUCGAUAUAUGAAAUAUUCCAAACGUACGGCGGAGCAACACGCUGGUGAGCCGAUGCAGGUCAAGGGUCAUACAGACCUCGGCAGCGUGACGCUUUUACUCUGCCAGUCUGUCGCAGGAUCACAAUUUCUCAACGACGAAACACAAUCAUGGAGCUACGUUCGCGCUCAACCGGGCACUAUCACCGUCAACCUAGCGGACACAUUAUCUUUUCUAACUGGUGGCUUUUUGAAAUCUUCCAUCCACCGUGUUACUGCACCCCCAAAGGAUCAACUGGCCUACGAACGAACGGGCGUGUUAUAUUUCACCAGACCUUCAAACGACACCAUUCUCAAGUCCCGGGUCGAUUCCUCGCCCGUGUUGCAGAGGGAGAAGGAACUAGGAAAGUUGAAAGAGGGAUUCUCGAAGCCUGUUACUACGGCCGAUUUUGUCAAGCCCAAGCAGUUGAAUCCGAAUUUGUAUGAAGGGAAACGGGCUAAAGAUGGAGGCCUUGGGAUUACUCCUGGGUUCAAGGAUCAGACUUAUAAGUAA